CCUGUGGGCCAGCGUGCUGCCGGUGUCUGUGUCAACACCUGAAGUGUGAUCAGUGGAGUUACCUGAACAUGUUGUCGUUUGAAGAGCUCGUGACUCGUUUCCAGGGCUGCGUGAUCGCCGAGGAUCAAACACCUGAACAGGUCUCCCAAACACUCCGGCUGUUCACUGAUAAACUGUCUGAAGCCUCCAGGAACAAUGUGAAAAGGUGCAAGGAGCGCUGUUUAGAGGAGGCUGUGCAGCUGCUGAGACACAUCUCAGAGGAGCAGCUUCACCUGUUGGAGGAGGAGAGUCACCUCCUGCUUCUGGUCAGACUGCUGCUCUCCCUGCAGCUGCAGAUGGUCAACAUCUCCACAGCCUGUCGUAAAGUGGACCAGAUGUUGCAGCAGUUGUCGAAGGUGAACCUCAGCGUUGUUUUAGGAGAAACGCAGCUCUGCUUACAGAGAAUAAUCCACGCUGAGCAGAUGUUGUCUUUGGAGGAUCUGCAGAGAGCCUGUAUGUUCCUGGAGGACAGCACUGUUGGCCGUGAGGUUUGCAGAGAGUCUCACCUGUCCUUGCUGAGUAAAGUGUCUCAGUUAUUCCCUGCUGCGUUGCAACAAGAAUCGCUGAGAGAUGGACCGCUGUGCUACGUCGCUGUCAAGAUGUGUUUGCAGAUAUUCCAGCUGCUGUCCCGUGAAGUGGCUCCUCUGGUGUGGGACAAGAACCAUGUUAGUCCUGAUGUGCAGAAGAUCCUGCAGGCUCUGAUGGACAUAGUACUCGGACAGUGCUGCAACAGAGACACUCGUCUUCUGGCGGGCACCGCUGUGGCCAUGCUGAUCAACACGGCACCAGAGAGCAGCGCAGGAGAAGCUGCAGCCUGGAGUCUGCUACAGCUCUCAUACUCAGAGUCCUGGCUGCUGACUGUCGGUGCUCUGCAGGUUCAGUGCGGCCCUGCAGGGAGGGACGGAGUGGACAGGCUGGUCGUCUGCAGGGGCCUCCUGACCUGCUGUCGACCUCAUGUCUUGCUCAGCUCGCAGGAAGACGACGCUGAAACGUGUCUGCUGCUGACAGGUUUGUUCCCUCUGGUCUACGCUCUGUGUGAGGAGAAGCUGGAUUGUCACUACUUCGCCUUUGAAGUUUUGACACUUUGGCUGAAGAAGGUUAAAGAGUGUUUGGCUGAUAUCUGGAAGAAGACGGGCGUUCCUCUUCUGCCCGACGACAGCAGCCUGCAGCAGGAGCUCCUUCACAUUAUCUGGACCAACGCAGAAAGCCCAGUGGACGGUGUGGCAGAAUCUGUGCGCAGUGCCUUCCCUCUCCUGCUCGACCUGUAUGAGCUGGACUGUGAGCACUUCUGUGACACAGAGAAGAAUCUGUAUGUGACUCUUCUUCAGCGGAUUAUCAAACUGCCGUGGGAAGCCAAAGCCAAAUAUCACCGCCUGUGUGCACUGCUGCCGUAUCUGGGGACGGACAUGGUGCUGGAUCAUUGUGCAGAAAUACCCAGUCAUCUCCUGAAGUGCCUGUCGACCAAUCACCUGUCCCCGUGUGGAUCAGACCUGUACAGGUGUCUGAUCCAGCAGCAGAGGCGAGAGCUACAUGGCGGCUCACACUCCGAGCUGGAUCUGGCCGAUCGGUGGGCGGGGCGUUGGCGGUCCGUCCUCCACGAGGCUCUGACGUCUGAUGUGACUCUUCUCCAGAACAACGGCUCCACACACCUGUUACCCUGCACCUUUCAGGUCUUCCCCUCCGCCGUGGAUCCUCUCCUGGCCUCUCUGGACCCGCUCUCUCCCGGUCACCUCCACGCCUGGGCCUGCGUCCUCAGCUCGUACCGAGGCGUGACAGGAGGCUCUCCCUGGGCUCUGCAGGGGAGCUCGACCCUCCAGACCCUCCGGCUGGCUCUCGGCUCUGCGGAUGACAAAGUCCGCCUCGCCGCUCUGAACCUCGUCUGCUGCAGCCCGAAGACUAGAGACGCUCCGAGCGCAGAGGAGAUGGAAACGAUGAGGAGGUUCAUCCCUCACAAUCUGAACUGUGAGUCCUCGCCUUUUCGCCAACACUUUCAGGCCGGGAUUAAGAAGUUUCUGGUUCGUAUCAGAGACGGCUGCUUGGCUCGCGUCAGAGGACAGAAGAAGAAAAAGAAAGGAGACGCAAACUACACCGAGAGAACAGAUGACAUACUGCAGCAGGGGAUCGAGUUUGUGGAGUGGUUGGGUCAGCUUCCGUACUCUAACCUGGCACCAGGACUCAGCUACCAGAGGAAGAAGACUGCGUUACUCGUGCUGUCGGCCGUGCUGGAGACCUGCACAGACAGCUGGAGCCCCGACAAGAAGAAGGGACAACCUCCAGCCAACAUGGGGUCUCUAAUAAGCUGUGCGAGACAGAGAGGAUUGUGGGAUUUCAGCUGCAGGACCAAACAGCUGGUCCUUAUCGGCUGUUUAGAGGAUUCAACCAACGAGAUUCGGGAGCUCUCAGCUGGAUUAUUGUUGAGAUUCUUCCCUCGCAGUUUCCCACGCGACAUCGCUGCAGCGCUGCUCACGAGAACCAAUCGGCUGCUGUGCAGCCCUCGGGUGCAGGAGGCUCAGACGGGAGCGCUGAUGAUGAAGGUCCUUCUUCACAAAUCACAGGAGCACCCAGAGGACUCCAGGCUGCACAGCGACACAUCCGUCAGCAGGGGGCGUGACCCCGAGGCCUCCUGCAUGAUCCAAUCCCUGGUGACGGAGCUGGAGGAACAUUAUCUGACAGCCAAAGCUGACAUGAUGCUCGCUGCCAAAACCAAGCCCAUUCAUGGUGUGCUGAGCGCCCUCCAGAGGUGUUUGCUUGAAGCGACCGGCGGUGUUUUUGAAACAGUCGGCCACGGUCUGAUCUUUAAGGUGCUGAGCGUGAUGGAGAGAAUCUCUCUGCUGCUGCUGGGCGUUCUGUACGGAGACCUGGACGCUUGUGCUACUGAAACAGAUGCCCCGCCUUCUUUUUACGAUAUGGGGAACGCCAUCAGCUCUCUGAUAGGGCAGGCGUCUGGAGGAGGCCAAGCGGACGGAGAGGAGAUGGUCCUGCUGACUGAGGAGCACAGCCUCGUUCUCACCUGCUGCUGGGUCUCACUCAAGGAGAUCGGAAUCUUCUUAGGAUCUCUGGUGGAGAAAAUUCGGGCCGAAUCCAAACCCGACCAGUGUCCUCUGACAAAAGAAGAUCUAAUGAGAGCAUCAAGAGUGUUCAAGAAUAUUCUUCUUAAAUGCAGACACUGGGGGGCGGUAGAGGGAUGCUGUGUGGGCUUCACCAGGUUCUGUGCCUCUCUGUUGAGCAGCAGCGAUGCAGAGCUGAGGGAUAUCCCAGCUCACAUGUUGAAACAAGGAUUGCAGGUUGUGCAGUCCCCUCGUUCGACCUCUGUGACUCGGCGGGCUGCAGGGCUGCCCAUGCUCAUCCUGUGUGUUUUAUCAGCGGAGGAGGCCAGUAAAUCACGACCCCUGUUAGCCCACAGUGUGCACGCCUUACUGGAGACAGCAAGAACCGCAGUGCCGGAGAACUGGGACCAAACUGUGGACCUGCCGCAGGUGUGCGCGGUUCACACUCUGCAGGCCCUGGUGCGGGGUUCAGGUCUGGGAGCGGCUGUCCUUCAGUUUGCUCCGUCAGUGGCCGUCCUGUCGCUCACUCUGCUCAGCUCUCCGUGCUGGGCCAUGAGGAACGCAGCUCUGCAGCUGUACAGUUCUCUGUGCUCCCGGAUGCUCGGCCAGCGUCCCAGCAGUGAAGAGGGGGCCCCUGCUCAGAACGGCAUGUCUCCACUCGCCUUCUUCCUCCACUACCCGUCACUCCAGCCCUUCCUCCUGGGCGAGCUGAAGGGGGCGGCCAAAGACCUGCAGGGUCCCUCCAACGAGGCCAGGCUUCACCUCCAACCCUCGCUCUUCCCGGUCCUCACCUUGUUAGCCCAACUCCAGCCCGGUGUCCACGACUCGACCGAAUCUCUGUCAGACUUCCUGCCUCCUUUACUCCAGCUUUCUGCCAGCCCCAUUCACAGUGUGAGAGUGAUGGCCUCCAAGGCGCUGGUCGCCAUGACUCCCCCCUCAGAGUACACGAGCAUCCUCCUCGAACUCACCGCUCAGCUGCCCGGUCUGCAGGAGCGCCGCCGUCACAACCGUCUCCACGGACAGCUGCUGCAGGUCCGAGCGGUGUUAGACAGAGCUCUGUGCGCACACAGUGUCCCCUCGGCUGACCUGCGGGAGGUGCUGAGCAGGGUGGAGGCCGCGCUGUGGCUGGUCACCGAAGCUCAGCGGUGCCCCCUAGUGAGAGCGGCUUACCUCGGCGUGGCAGAGUCGCUGAGAGAAUACUGCUGCGAGACCUUCCUGUCAAAGCUCAGCGAAUCUCUAAUGCACGACCUCCAGAAACCUCAACAGCAGCUUCAGGUUGGGUUGUCAUCUUUCCAUCAACAAGCCAUCCACUUCCUGUGCACAGAUGAGAAGUGGGCGUGUCAAAUCUGGGGCAGCUUCAGCGCCCUGAGCCUCGAUCUGCGGCUCUCAUUGGCCGCGUCAGUGGUGGUGGUGGAUGGGCGGGGCUUGCAGGAAUCCAGCUUGAAUGAGGUGAUCCAGAGGGUGUUACAGUCGAACCUGAGGGGGGCGCUGCUGAGCCAAAAUGUGGAGUACCGCAGGACCUUCCUCGAAGCCCUGGUGACUGCGAUGGUUAAAGGGGAUUCCACUUCCUCUCAUCAUCGUCGUCCUCAGUCCGCCCCGCUGGAGGAUCCCGUCCUUCCUGAGUGUGUGGACUUGUUGCUGGGCGACUUGGAGGAGCAGCGUGGAGGCCCGGAGCUUCUGUCUCAGGCUCUGAGUGCUGCGAGUCUGCUGCUCUCCCGGCUGCCACACUCCAGUCGAAAGACAGCCGUGCUCCGGCGCUGGUGCAGCAUCCUGGAAAUCCAGCGGUGCCCCGACGCCCCCGAGGUGCUCAGGUUAGCGUGUGCUGAAGCUCUGUGUGCGGCAGCAGGGAGAGAAGACGGCACCCCGCCUGUCGUCAUGAUCAGGUUGAUCAACACAGGCCUGUACCUGCUGCAGGACCAGAGCCAGCAGGUGAGGAUGAAAGCGGCCUGUUUUACCUCCACUCUGCACCAUGUGAGACGAGGGGAACCCCAGAGGAGCGUCUACGUCAUGCAGGUGAACCAGGCUCUGCCGCUCCUGCUGGACCUGCUGCUGGAGGAAUUCUGGGACACCCCCGGCACGCUGGAGGUGCUGCUGUGUCACCUGCCCCAGCCUGACCUCAGAUCUGUGCUGAAGGAGGCCUCAGAGACCACAUGUUCCAGCCUGUACGAGCAGGACGAGGCCAAUGUGUUCGCAGAGCCCUCCGUCAUGUCCGCACGUGUGCUGCCUCACCUGCUGCAGAUGGCGGGAAAAUACUCCAAAUCCUCCGCCCUGGCACAGAGUCAGAGAUCAUGGGCGGAGGAUAAUGCUGCACAGGUGCUAGACGGACUCAGAGUGUGCAGAGAGCUGCAGCCAGCCGAGACUUUGACCCCGGUGUGGCUGGCCCGCCUCAGGGAUCCCCGAUUCCACAUCGCCUUGUGUGGCCUCCUCACCAGAGCCGCCUUUCUCCUCCAGCUGUUGAGAACAUCAGACGAUGUCCGCCACCUCUGUGAGCCUUCAUCCCUGCACAGGAGCGUGCAGGACGUUUGCAGCCUCCUCAGUCAGAGCGGUGUCCGCUUUCCCGCCGCUUUAACGGCUGCUGUGUCUGGAGAGCUUCCACUGUGACAGCCUUGUUACCGUGCAGUGCACUGCCGGGUGAAGUGACCUGUGGAUAUGACAAGAAAUACUUCUGACAUCUUCAAGUGCAGCCUUAUUCUUCAGUUGGUAUCCAACCUGCUGAUGCUGCAGCACACCAGCACUUUGCAGGCUGGCUGAGCAGAGAGGCUGCAGUCAGAUGCGUUUGUUAUCAUAUUACCUUUAGUGAAGGGGUGCAUAGUGCAGCACAUCAGGAGUGUCUCAUCAGCUCCUGAUGCCUGUUCUUUUUUACAAUGUUUUUGUACAAGAGUUGAAAUAACACUCUGAGGAGACCAGUUUCUGUCAUGUUGAAAGUUGAAUGUUUUACCAUUCUUGCUUUAAGGUCACCUAUUCAUCUCCUUUUUUAACAAGUUUAAAUGAGUCUCAGAGCUCCUCAGAACAUGUGUGUGAAGUUUCUUGUUCUAAAUCCACUCUGA